CUGAACCAAAAACUCAACCACCAAGUCUUAUUUUCCAGCCACACACGCAGACGUGGCGGUGCGGGCGCAACCCAAGCCCGCCUCGUCACAUGUCCAGGGUCCGCCUGACUAGUUACUAGUCCGGACCAUCUUACCCCAUAGGCCUACAUUUGUCACUGGGUUCCAUCCACCAGACUUCCUUUCUCUUUUAGCUCCGGAUACGGGCCCUUGUGCUACAACGCCAUGCUGCGCGCUUGAGCUGCCCCCCUCCGUAUCUGCGAUGACGAGCAAAAGGAACCGUGCCGCCUUCGAGGCGGACCUGCAGGCGCGCCAGUCUCCCUACGCCCUCUACGGAACUCCCCUGCCGCCGCUGGACGACAGCGUCCGGGACGAUGGAUCCUACGCGCCCGUUUGGAAGCAGGAGGUCACCGAUGACCGGGGAAGGAAACGCUUACAUGGCGCCUUCACCGGUGGGUUCAGUGCCGGGUACUUCAACACCGUCGGGUCGAAGGAAGGAUGGACCCCAGCGACCUUUGUGUCCUCGCGGCAGAACCGCGCCAAGGACACCCGGCAACAACGAGCAGAGGAUUUCAUGGACGAGGACGACAUUCGCGAGGCGGAAGAGGCCAAGAGACUCCAAACGACCGACGAGUUUUCCGGUUUCGGCUCGACGAAUGCCGACCGUGGAGGAUGGAUGGACCUUCUCAAAACCAGCGGGGAGACAAUGGGCGUGAAGCUUCUGAAGAAGAUGGGGUGGAGAGAGGGCCAGGGCAUCGGGCCCAAGGUACGACGAAAAGCUGACCUCGGCGACACGGCACAACGCGACGGAGAAGCGGACAAAACGUAUCUCUUCGCACCGGAAAACCCGCCAAUGGUGGCGUUCAUUCAUAAGACCGACCACAAGGGAAUCGGGUUCGAAGGGGAGGCCCGUCUAGACGCCCAGCACACAAAAGGGAAUCCAUCUGAUGAAGAAGACAUCGAUUCCUUUUUUGGCGGGCGGUUAAUGGCCCCGGGAAAGCCGAAGCAGCCAAAGGCGAAAGAGCCCCGUCGGGGAGGGUUUGGCGUGGGCAUAUUGAACGAUACCGGCUCGGACGACGAGGAUCCAUACUCCAUGGGCCCGCAGAUCUCGUACAAUCGAACUAUCGGAGGGGACAAGAAGAAGAAAAAGAAGACGAAAGCGGUCGAGGAUGCGAAAUCAAUAUCCGGGUCGUCGAAUCCUCUUAUAAGCAACAAACCGGUCUAUAUACCCAAGCGAUUGAUCGCUGCCAAGGGUGCUGCCGGGUUUCGAAAGUGUCACGAUGGCCGGUUGCCCCUGGAAGGGUUUUUGCUGGCCGAGGGAAUUGCGAGCCUCUCGAUUUCCUCACAAGAGAAGAAGUAUGCGCCGCCAGAGAUUCCGAAAGGGUGGGUUUCCAGCAAGACGUCGGUCAACGAGAGAGACGCCUCAAAUUAUGUCUCUACGGCAGAAGCAGCGAAAGCCUCUUCCCUGGACCCGACGGCUAGAGCUGCGCUUUUGGGGGAAGCACAACUUCCUGGAAAGUCCAUAUUCGAUUGGCUCACUCCCGAAGGUCGGGCGAGGAUCGCGAAACUGACGGGCAAAAGCGAUCUACCGCCGGCUCUAAGCGAGAAAGCCCCCAAGGGCCAGGAACUUUCGGAGACGCAGAAGCGCAGGGACUUGUGGGAUCUGGUGCCUAAACUGGACAAACAGGUGGCUGUGCAGGCCCUGACACGAGCGGCCAGUGGGUGGAUGCCGUACUCGGAAGACCAGGGCAAACGACAACGCUAUCGGACGUUCCUCGAGCUACGAGCUGGACUCCGCGACAGCCUGCCAGAUCGCGUCCCCGGGGCCACUACAGAUGAAUGGGUCGCGGAAUUGCACGAAUUCAGCCGAGCGGCGGAGGUCUUCAAGCCGAUGUCCGGGGUCAUGGCGUCUCGGUUCACGUCUGCCUCUUCCGGGCCCAAAGAGUCAUCCGACGAGGCGUCCACGUCGACGGAUCCCCUUCUUAGCAAACCCACCGCAAAGCCUGACGACCCUGCAGUGGAAGCCGCCAAGAUGGGCAUGUUCGGCCCGAUGACUCGGAGUAGUAUUUCGUUCUACCCGACGCGCCUCUUAUGCAAACGGUUCAAUGUCCGGCCUCCAGACCACGUCCAAGCAGAUCCUGGGGAGUCAUCGGGACGCGCCGAGGCCUCGUCAUCCGGGGGGCGCUUCCAGUCCGCCGGGUACCAGACCGCUUCGGGGCCCAAGGAAUUGGUCUCACGGGACAUCAUGGACCAACUCCUGCUCCAAGCUGGCGGUGGCUCACUUGCAGCUGCAGACUCGGCAUCACCGGCGCAAGCAGCGGACGUUGGCAGUCGCGCGCCCGUGGUGGUUGAGCCGGAGCGCAACGAAGCAUUGGAGGCGGAGCGGCCGGGCGAGGCGGUGUUCAAGGCGAUUUUUGGCAGUGACGAUGAGGAUGACGAUGAUGAAGAGAUGAGCUGAUUGUUGUAUAUGUGGGGAGUCUGACAUACAUACCUUUACCAUACCUACUACAUAUGGGCCGUGUGGUUAUAUAAAGACUAAAGUUCAAUAUUGGCCCUGAUACGUAAUGAUCGCCUGGGAUGUCCCACUGUCCCACUUCUUUC